UGCAGUUAAAAUGGGAGGUUUGCUGGGUUGGAACUUUUGAUUUUGAAGACUCUUGUUUUUUGUUUGCUGCUCUGCUGCGCGUAAAAACAACCAACCGAACCCCUAACCAACCAACAACCCCCUCCCUCCCCAUGACAGUCCCAAACGACGCCGUCCCCAAACAAGGUGACGACCGCCCUGCCGAGUCCGAACUCGUCCGCGGCACCGAGGCCGAGUUGAUCGAACUCGGCGACGCCACCGAGUUGAACGAGGGCGCGCUGUCGAGCGGGAAAGUCAGGGGCCCGUGGUCGCCCGAGGAGGACGCGGUGCUGAGUCGGCUGGUCAGCAAGUUCGGGGCGAGGAAUUGGAGCCUGAUCGCCCGAGGAAUUCCCGGUCGCUCUGGGAAGUCGUGCCGGCUCCGAUGGUGUAAUCAGCUCGACCCCUGCGUCAAGCGCAAACCCUUCUCUGAAGAAGAAGAUCAUAUUAUAGUUUCAGCCCAUGCUAUCCAUGGUAACAAAUGGGCAGCAAUUGCAAGGCUCCUUCCAGGUAGAACAGAUAAUGCAAUCAAGAAUCACUGGAAUUCUACACUAAGGCGCAAGUGCAUUGAUAGAGGCAAAUUCAAACCGGAACCUGAUAUGAUGGAAGAUGCCAGCUUUGACAGAACAAAGGCAUCUUCAGAAGAAACCCUGUCAGUUGGGAAUAUCAGUUCAUUCAAUACUCCUGAAGGAAGAGAGGUCUUGAUGGACAAUAGACUGGACCAGUUAGAUGAAAUAGUUCAAGCAAAGGAGGGUUGUGGUGCUGCAGAAUCAAACUACCAUUCUACUGUUCUUGCCGGAUCAAGAGGCCAUCCUACUCUUCUUGGCGAAUCAAAAGAGCAGUCAUCCCUUUGUCGUCCAGUGGCACGUGUUAGUGCUUUUAGUGUUUAUGACCAUCCGAGUGGUCCAGCAAAUACCUCUACAUUUUCAAGGAUAGUCCCAAGUCAUGGUCCUUUGGGCCAAACUUGUAAACUAGAUUUUGGCUUCGGCAACUUCCAUGAAGGUGUUUGUAAUGAGCCUAUGGUUCCUCUGCGUUGUGGCCACGGUUGCUGUGAUUUGAGCGAGGGGCAUUCUCGAAGCUCGCUAUUGGGGCCUGAGUUUGUCGAGUAUGACGAGCCUCCCUCUUUCUCUAGCCAUGAAUUAAUCUCCAUCGCAACAGAUUUGAACAAGAUUGCGUGGAUUAAGAGUGGCCUUGAGAAUAAUGGGACCAGGAUAACAGAGAAUGCUGCAAGCCAGAGAGUCUCUCAAGGGGCUACUACUACCUCGCAAAUGGGAUUAUCAGUACACAACUCGACGAAUGACCAAAUGCGCUAUGAGGAAGGACGUAACAAGUUGAUGGGAAUGAUGACAGAAGUGCUAUCAACCCAGGUGCCUAGACAAACUUUCGCAAUGCCAACUGAAGUUGAGGGAUUAAGCUAGAACUCAUGGCUGGUGUU